CGGAAAUGCCUCGUCCACGUGCCUGCCACUUGCAUGCCAAGCGCGCCGAGCCGUCUAAGCCCCGCCAUCAUGACGUGCGCAGGCAGUAGCCACACAUAGUGCUGGUAAGUGAAGCAGAAUGAAUGAUAAGGUCGCUGUCCGCCCUUCCUGACAGUGAGUUCACCGAGUGCGUUCGAUCAUGGCUGAUUUCGCACCACCUUCUGGACCCCCUCCGCCACAUGUACCGGCGGGGUGGAAGGCUGUCUGGAAUGAGAGCUACAAGGAGUGGUUUUACGUGAACACGUACACUAAGCAGUCGACGUGGGAAAAGCCUACUGAGCCAGCACAUCCCCCUGGUGACGCUCCACCGCCGGGAGCUCCCCCGGGCUACGAUCAUAGCUCGUCAAGGCCACCUGUGCCGGAGAAGAGUGGUCUGCAAACCAACAACCCUUACCAUCAGCCGGGUCAAGGUGGGCUGACCGAGGAUGAGCGAUUAGCAAGGAAACUCCAAGAAGAGGAGAACGCUCGUGCGGGCACCGCGAACCGUGGAGCAGCGGACGACUUUUACCACAGCGGCAGUAGUGGUGCACCGUCUUACGGCCAAGGUGCGUCUCCAUACGGUCAGCAGCCAGCGUCACCUUCGACGGCGCAGCUGCCUCCACGUGAAGAGAAGAAAGGUCUGUUCAGCAAGCUCGGCAGCAAGUUUGGUGGUGGUGGUGCACAAAGACCACCGCAACAGCAAUACGGACAGUCGCAGUACGGACCUGGAUAUGGAGGGUACCCACCGCAGCAGUAUGGAGGGUGCGUAAUGAUAGCCGUAGAAUCUUACCCGUCUGCGACUGCGCUAACGGUUACAUUGAUUAGGUACCAAGGGGGUUAUCCACCUCAGCAGGUACCAGGUCUUGUGAUGAAUGCUCACUAUACACGCGCUAAUCAACCUGACAGCCCUACGGCAUGAAUCAAGGCUACCCUCAGCAGCAACCCGCAUACUAUGCUCAGCAGCAGCCUCAGAGGCAGGGUGGUGGUAUGGGUAUGGGCGGAGGUGCCUUGCUCGGUGCCGGUGCAGGUCUAGUGGGUGGUGCUCUUCUGAUGAACGCUUUCGACGACAACCAGGACCAGGCAUAUGAACAAGGCUAUGGUGGGUUGUCGAUCGUUGUGGUCUUACUGGUAGGAAAUGCUAAUGUGAAUUACAGAUCAAGGCC